GCGGGGCCGACGGGAAGAUGGCGGCCGGCAGCAGCGGGGGCCCGGGCGCUCCGUGCCGGCACCACGCGCAGCUGGGAGCCUGCGAGUCGCGCGCCAAGUACCGCGAGGGGUGGGGGCCGCGCGCCGUGAAGGUUUACACUAUCAACUUGGAAUCUCGCUAUUUACUGAUACAAGGAGUUCCUGCAUUAGGUGUUAUGAAGGAAUUAGUUGAACAAUUUGCAUUAUAUGGUGCCAUUGAGGAAUAUCAUGCUCUAGAUGAAUAUCCAGCAGAGCAGUUUACUGAAGUGUACCUUAUAAAAUUCCAGAAGCUACAGUGUGCAAGGGUGGCCAAGAAAAAAAUGGAUGAACGAAGUUUCUUUGGUAGUUUGCUGCACGUGUGCUAUGCUCCAGAAUUUGAAACAGUCCAAGAAACUAGAGAGAAGUUGCAGGAUAGAAGAAAGUAUAUAGCAAAAGCAACAAAUCAAAGAGAUUGCUUUGUGUUAAGAAGAGUAGAAGGCCCUAAGAAGACAACCUCAAAGAACUCUGAGCAUGAUUGUCCAUGGAGUACAUCAGGAUCAAGUAUAGCCAGUAACUGGGAUCCGUCCUGCUUUACAAGUUCUCCUGGGGUAUCCCACAGCACAGCAUCUCCAUCUGGGAAUCAGAAUCAGAGCCUGUUAACACCUCCACCCUAUGAUAACAAUUGUGCUGAAAUUUCUGGGUACUUUGGUCAAAACACAUCUUUAACUCCAAGUGUACAUCCAGGAGGACAUACUCCACCAGCUUCCUUAAUGCAGCCAAGAAUGGUUCCAGCUUGCAAUGGAAUUGACAGGUUUAUGCCUCGUACAACUCACCUUCAAGAACGUAAGAGGAAAAGAGAAGAAGGUAACAAGUUUUCCCUCAUUGGAACAAGCGAGGACAGUACUGAAGUUGUUAUUGGUCCACAACUACCAGAAAUACCUAAAGUGGAUAUGGACGAUGAGUCUUUGAAUACUUCAGCUACAUUAAUUCGAAAUAAACUGAAAGAGGUAGCAGAUUCAGUUUCAACGUCUGUGGAAAAGCCAGAGAGCAGCUCAGCCAAACCAGUUGUAAAGCAGAGAAGAAGAAUAUAGAUACUGCUGGCAGCAUCUUCCAAUAGUCCUUUUGUAAAGAAUAUAGUUUAAAAUAUGUAUUUUUUAUGUAAAAAAUAAAACUUUCUUUAUAUUGCA